ACAUUAUUUCCACCAUUACCUUACCUCUCCUCCCCCUUCUCAUUUCUCAACGUGGAUGAGUAAAUGAACCCGUAAAAUUAGUGAAAAAAGCGCUCUAGACUCGAAGGCCGAAGACGAUUAGUGUGCUACUCUUCAGUCUUCACUCUUCACGGUCCCAACUUGCCAAUUUGAUCACCACAAGUUCACAUUUCACAAUCAUUGACAACAUAACCCACUCUUUCCCCAAUUCCCCUCCCGCCAAAAUUUCUCAACACCAAAACCCUAACCCACUCUCUCCGUUCACAAUUCAGUUUAGGGUUCCGUCGCAGCCACCAAGCCAUGCCGUCGCUACUCUCGCCGGGGAAAAUCCACCGGCUAGAAAUGGAGAAUUUCAAAUCCUACAAAGGCUUCCAAGUUAUCGGUCCCUUCUACGACUUCACCGCCAUCAUCGGCCCCAACGGCGCCGGAAAAUCCAACCUCAUGGACGCCAUAAGCUUCGUUCUCGGCGUCAGAACCGGCCAGCUCCGCGGCGCGCAACUCAAGGACCUCAUCUACGCCUUCGACGACAGGGAGAAGGAGCAGAGAGGACGCAGAGCCUUCGUCCGCUUGGUCUACCAGCUCGCUAACAACUCCGAGAUCCAGUUCACCCGAACCAUCACCUCCGCCGGCGCUAGCGAGUACCGCAUCGACGGUAACCUUGUCAACUGGGAUAUCUACAACGCCAAGCUCAAAUCACUCGGUAUUCUUGUCAAGGCUCGCAAUUUCCUCGUCUUUCAGGGUGAUGUUGAAUCUAUUGCGUCGAAGAAUCCGAAAGAGCUAACCGGCCUUAUCGAGCAGAUAUCUGGCUCUGACGAGCUCAAGAGGGACUAUGAGCAGUUUGAAGAAGAAAAAGGCGCUGCUGAGGAGAAAUCGGCGCUUAUUUACCAGAAGAAGAAGACGGUGGUUAUGGAGAGGAAGCAGAAGAAGGAACAGAAGGAGGAGGCAGAGAAACAUCUCCGCCUGCAGGAGCAGCUGAAAUCUGUGAAGAAGGAACAUUUCUUGUGGCAGUUGUUCAAUAUAGAAAAUGAUAUUACGAAAACAACUGAGGAUCUUGAAGAUGAGACCAAAAGUCGUCUAGCUGUUAUUGAAGAGCUGGGAAAUUUUGAAAAUGAAGCAAGUAAAAAGAAAAAAGAGCAGGCCAAAUAUCUUAAAGAAAUUGCGCUACGUGAAAAGAAAAUUACUGAGAAAAGCAACAAACUUGACAAGAGUCAACCUGAGCUUCUGAAGUUAAAGGAGGAAAUGACUCGUAUCAAUUCAAAAAUAAAAAAAGGGAAGAAGGAACUUGAUAAAAAAAGGGAAGAACGGAGGAGGCAUGCUGCUGAUAUAGCGGAGCUACAAAGGGGGAUCCAGGAUCUUGCAGCGAAAAUGGCAGACUUACAGGAAAAGAGUCGAGGUGUUGGCAAUGAGCUUGAGUUAGAUGGCGAUGACUUGGAAGAAUAUUUUAGAAUCAAAGAGGAAGCUGGGAUGAAAACUGCAAAGCUUAGGGAGGAAAAAGAGCUUCUAGAUAGGCAGCAACAUGCUGAUAGUGAAGCUCAAAAAAAUUCGGAAGAAAAUCUUCAACAGUUACGAAACAGGGAGUCUGAAUUGAAUUCACAGGAAGAACAGAUGCAGGCAAGGCUUAAAAAAAUUGUUGAUAGUUCUGCAAAAAAUAAGGAUGGACUUGCAAACUUGAAGAAAGAGCUGCGUGUGAUGCAGGACAAACAUCGUGAUUCCAAGAAAAAAUAUGAAAAUUUGAAGUUGAAAAUCGGUGAAUUAGAAAAUCAACUACGUGAACUAAAGGCUGAUAGACAUGAAAAUGAGCGAGAUGCUAAACUAUCUCAGGCUGUGGAGACUCUGAAACGCCUGUUUCAAGGAGUCCAUGGUCGCAUAACUGAACUUUGUAGGCCAACACAGAAGAAGUAUAACCUAGCCGUUACUGUUGCUAUGGGUAAAUUUAUGGAUGCAGUUGUAGUUGAGGAUGAAAAGACUGGGAAGGAAUGCAUCAAGUAUUUAAAAGACCAGAGGCUUCCUCCGCAGACAUUUAUUCCUCUGCAAUCUAUUCGUGUGAAGCCAAUAAUGGAAAGAUUGCGGGCAUUAGGGGGUACAGCAAAACUGGUUUUUGAUGUGAUUCAGUUUGAUCCCUCCUUGGAGAAGGCAAUUCUCUUUGCUGUUGGGAAUACUCUUGUUUGUGAUGGUCUUGAUGAGGCCAAAGAUUUAAGCUGGAAAGGCGAGAGAUUUAAAGUUGUAACUGUGGAUGGAAUUCUGCUUACAAAAUCCGGCACAAUGACUGGUGGCACUAGUGGUGGAAUGGAAGCAAGGUCAAAUAAGUGGGAUGACAAGAAAAUUGAAGGACUUAAUAAAAAGAAAGAGCAGUAUGAAUCAGAGUUAGAUGAGCUAGGAUCAAUCAGAGAUAUGCACCUUAAAGAGUCUGAAGCAUCUGGAAAAAUUAGUGGACUGGAGAAGAAAAUUCAAUAUGCUGAGAUUGAAAAGCGAAGCAUUGAAGACAAACUUUCAAAUUUGAACCAAGAAAAAGAGACCAUGAAAAAACAAAUUGAACGUAUCACUCCAGACCUCCAGAAGUUAAAUGGCACUGUUGACAAAAGGAAUGCAGAAUUGCGUAAGCUUGAGAAGAGAAUUAAUGAAAUCACUGAUCGGAUAUACAAAGACUUUAGCAAGUCAGUUGGGGUUUCAAACAUCCGUGAGUAUGAAGAAAAUCGACUCAAGGAUGCUCAAAAUGUAGCAGAGGAGAGGCUGAACCUGAGUAGCCAACUUUCAAAAUUAAAAUAUCAGUUGGAGUAUGAGCAAAAUCGUGACAUGAGUUCACGAAUUCAAGAACUGGAAUAUUCUCUUAGUGCUUUAGAGAAUGACUUAAAACGGGUACAAAACAAAGAGGCUGAAGCAAAGUUAGCAGCUGAGAAUGCUACUGAAGAGAUUGAUCAGUUUAAGGAUGAAGUUAAAGAGUGGAGAUCAAAGUCAGAGGAUUGUGAAAAGGAAAUCCAAGAAUGGAAGAAGAAGGCUUCUUUAUCCACAACAAACUUAUCCAAACUUAAUCGUCUGAUAAACUCCAAGGAGACACAGAUUGAUCAGUUGGUGGUGCAAAAGCAGGAAAUAUUAGAGAAGUGUGAACUGGAGCAGAUUAGCCUUCCGACCAUAUCAGAUUCUAUGGAUACUGGUAGCUCCACACCAGGUCCAGUUUUUGACUUUGAUCAGCUCAGUAGGCCACUGAAAGAUAGGAGACCCUCUGACAGGGAUAAAAUUGAGGUAGAAUUUAAGCAAAAAAUGGGUACGCUAAUAUCUGAGAUUGAAAGAACAGCACCAAAUUUGAAGGCAUUGGACCAGUAUGAGGCUCUGCUAGAAAAAGAAAGAGGUGUAUUGGAAGAGUUUGAAGCUGUCAGGAAAGAGGAGAAGGAAAAAGCGGAUAGAUUCAAUGCUGUUAAACAGAGGAGGUAUGAGUUGUUCAUGGAUGCUUUCAACCAUAUAUCUGGUAAUAUAGAUAAAAUUUACAAACAGCUUACAAAGAGCCACACACAUCCUCUGGGUGGAACAGCAUACCUAAAUUUGGAAAAUGAAGAUGAUCCAUUUCUACAUGGCAUCAAGUACACUGCUAUGCCCCCAACAAAGCGCUUCCGUGAUAUGGAUCAGCUAUCUGGUGGGGAAAAGACUGUUGCUGCACUUGCGUUGCUAUUCUCCAUCCACAGCUAUAAGCCGUCGCCGUUUUUUAUAUUGGAUGAAGUUGAUGCUGCAUUGGACAACUUGAAUGUCGCUAAGGUUGCUGGCUUUAUUCGUUCAAAAUCUUGUGAAGGAAGGGCUAGCCAGGAUACUGAUGGUGGAAGUGGUUUUCAAAGUAUUGUGAUUUCACUGAAAGACAGCUUUUAUGACAAAGCUGAGGCGCUAGUUGGGGUCUACAGGGAUUCUGAUGGAGGUUGUUCGAAAACUCUCACGUUUGAUCUAACUAACUAUCGGGAGUCCUGAAAUUCAUCCAUUGGGCGCAGUUGAUAAGCGGCCUGCCAUGUAUAGAGCUUGGUUGCAUUUCUAUUUCUUGUUUAAAGGUGUCCUAGCUUUGUAUCUGUAUCUAGUUACCAUUGUCUUGUGUGUUAAAGUUACGAAUUGGGUUCUUUUUUUAAAAAUUGUUGUAAAUACUAAAUAGGUAUUCCUCAGAGUCACAGGUGACUAGAUGCCCUUUCUAGCACUGGAAAUGCAAUGUAGAAUACUAUAGCUAGAUGUCCAAAUGUUCGUUCUUGAAUCA